UAGCAACAGCUUGCGGCCUGAGACUCGAAGAUUCUGGGCAGCCCUGCCUCAUCUCUCGUUCGUGUUCAACCCAUCUGUUAACGUUUUAAGGCACGGAAACAGAAUAUAUGGACAACAUACAAAACAGAGGAGCUAGCUCAGGACACAAAAGUUUCUGCAUCUUGGGUGACGGCAAAAACAGAUGGAUGGCAUCAGGAAAAUUAACAACAGCCUUGGGAGCAACUGCUGAAUACCUGAUAACAUGGUGGACAGCACCACAGGGUGUUUCCAUCUUUUGAGUGUUAAUUCUACGACAUGAAAAAUCAAGGAUGUGCUGAAAUCUUGGUUGGCUUUGGCAAGGGCUGCAGCACUGACACCAUUCUCACUGAUCAAGGCAAAGAUAUCACUGUUCUCAGAAAUCAGCCUUACAGGACAAAUGUUGCAAAAAAGUUAGAGUGUAGGAUCCCUCUUGGUGCCAGACCAAUGCAUAAAAGUACACUGAUACUGGAAGGGCCAGAGGCUGCUAUAGAUUAUACAAGCUCUUAUAACCAAUGUUUCACUAAUCAGAAAAUUCAACCUAUUAUCAAACAUACCGGUUACCCUGAUGAAAUAAAAAAUCUGGGUAUGAAUAUAGAAGGGAAAGGACACUCAACUACUCAAAAAGAAGCAUUCUGUUUAAAAGAAUUUAUGCCUCGCAGCAUUCUAAAUAAAGUGUCGAUGGAAAAUCGGACCAAAGGUGCUCAAGGCCUAGCAAUGAAAGAAUUAACCAACCCAACAGGAUCAAGUCAAAAUUAUUCCACAUCUUAUUCUUCUACACAUGAUAUCAGAUGCAUGAAUCCAUCAUCCUGUGCUAAUAUUUCUGAAUUUCAACCAAAGAGGCAUACUCACAAUAUCAUUACUGGCGAAGAAUUAUCCAAUGUUCAUCUAACAAACUACAAGAGGAAGUCAGAAGAAUGGCUACAACAAUAUUCAAGGAGACGUCAGCUCGGGUGUGGCAAGUGCCAGUAUCAGAGCCCUACUGAAGGCCAGGAGAAAGAGGGAGUAAAAAAGCAGCAGCUUCAGAAGGGUGUUCCACUAAUGGCAGCAGCACGAAUGCAGAAAUGGGCUCUGUUUCUUGGAGGACACAGUUAUGAGAUCGAAUUCAAGAGGAAAUGCUGAUGGAUUGUCCCAAUUACCUUGGAAAAGGACAUACCUGAAAAAUUUACAAAAGGCACUCCGCUUGACAUAUUCUCCCUAAUACAAAUUGAAAAUUCCCUAUUACAGCUGAGAUUAUCAAAAGCAGGGGUUCCCAACCUGGGACCCAUGGGCCCCUUGGUUAAUGGUAGCGGUCCAUGGCAUAAAAAAGAUUGGGAACUCCUGAUGUAAAGGCAUGACAUAAAAGUCCCCGCUUUGUCUCAGGUCUACACAGCAACCCAAAGUGGCUGGAAUGUUCAUUAGAAAUUCCAGUUUCCCCAUUUUUACCAGCACCAGGAUGAACUUGCCCUGAUGGGGGCUGCGUUAUGUGGGGAUUGAGUUAUUAUACCAUCCAAGCUGAGAACUAAAGUGUUAGAAGAAUUACGUGAUACACCUAGGCAUAGUCAAAAUGAAAGUGUUGUCUCAAAGCUUUGUCAGGUGUUCUGGGAUAGAUUAGCAGACCAAGCAGCUUGUCACACCCUGUUCCUGAUGCUAACAUGUCCAGAAGGUACCAAGAGCAG